GACAGCAACAAGAGAAAAAAGACCACACUCUUGAGCUCUGUGCUAUAGCUGCUCCUCAUUCUCUGCAAAACCCCAACAACCUCAAAUCCAAGACCAACCCAGGAGCCAUUGACCUCAAUCCUAACCAAAGCUUCAACCUUUACAAACCAACACACACCCAAAACCCCAAAAGCCUCACUCUGCAAGUGUCAGCAAUCACACCAAGCCAAAUGUACCAAACCCAUCACAACAAUCCCCAAUUCGAAACCCUAAAAUGCGUCCUCUGCUCCCAUUAGAAAACUCUAAUGGCGAAGCAGCAGCACUCGGCGGGGUGGGGGGCGUCGCAGAAGCGGUGGCUGUUGGCGUUUCUGGUGAUGCUCUCCGUCUCGACCUUGAUCGCUUUCUUCAUCAGAGCGGCGUUCGAUUCCUGCGAUCGGAACCUCGACGUCGUCGGAAAAAGGGUCCCUUUGGGCUCGCCGAUUGGGACUAGUCCGAGCCCAUUGACCUUCAUGAAGUCCAAGCUCGUUCUCUUAGUCUCACAUGAGCUUUCGCUCUCUGGUGGGCCUUUGUUGUUGAUGGAGUUGGCGUUUUUGUUGAGAAGUGUUGGUACAGAAGUUUGUUGGGUGACCAUUCAGAGGCCAGUGCAUAGUGAUGAAGUGACAUACAGCUUGGAGAAUAAGAUGUUGGACCGGGGUGUGCAGGUCUUGUCGGAAAAGGGCCAAGAAUCUACGAAUAUAGCUCUCAAGGCUGAUUUGAUUGUGUUGAACACGGCAGUUGCUGGGAAAUGGAUGGAGUUGGAUGCCACUCUCAAGGAGAAUGUUCCUCAUCUUCUCCCAAAAGUGUUGUGGUGGAUCCAUGAAAUGCGUGGUCAUUACUUUAAGUUGGACUAUGUCAAGCACCUCCCCGCUGUUGCAGGUGCUAUGAUUGAUUCACAUGUAACAGCAGAAUAUUGGAAGAAUAGAACUCGAGAACGUUUGGGGAUCAAAAUGCCGGAAACCUUUGUUGUUCACCUCGGAAACAGCAAAGAGCUCAUGGAAGUUGCUGAAGACACUGUAGCAAAAAGGGUUUUGCGUGAGCAUGUUCGGGAGUCUCUUGGAGUACGAAGUGAAGACUUACUAUUUGCCAUCAUAAACAGUGUUUCGCGUGGAAAAGGCCAGGAUCUAUUUCUGCGUUCAUUCUAUGAAAGCGUGAAAUUGGUCCAAGAGAAGAAGCUGCAACUGCCAAAAAUGCAUGCAGUUGUUGUGGGUAGUGACAUGACUGCUCACACCAAGUUUGAGUCUGAGUUGCGUAACUUCGUAAAGAUGAAGAAAAUUGAAGAUCGUGUUCAUUUUGUAAACAAAACACUGACUGUAGCUCCAUAUCUAGCUGCCAUUGAUGUCCUUGUGCAAAAUUCUCAGGCACGGGGAGAAUGCUUUGGUAGGAUAACUAUUGAAGCCAUGGCAUUUCAGCUGCCUGUACUGGGAACAGCAGCAGGUGGAACCACAGAGAUUGUAGUGAAUGGAACAACAGGUCUCUUGCAUCCUGUCGGGAAAGAAGGGGUUACACCUCUUGCAAAAAACAUUGUUAAACUUGCCACUCAUGUUGAGAGGAGGCUUACAAUGGGGAAGAGAGGCUAUGAAAGGGUCAAAGAAAGGUUUUUAGAACAUCACAUGGCAAAUAGAGUUUCUGGGGUUCUGAAGGCAGUGUUACAGAAGUCAAAGAGCCACUCAGAUGCCUGAUAGUUAGAGGGUCUUUUUUUUUUUUUUUUUUCUUUUUUUUGAAAAAAGGUUUGGAACCCAACCUUGCUGGGAGGCUCAGCCCCACGCCCGGAAUGUUACUGUCAAGUAGAAUGCCGAAUGAUUCAUUCUAUUGGGGUGAAAUAUACAUGUGUACUUCUCUAGGGAUUUCAGUGCUUAUCAGAAAGAAGAUGAAAUACACUAGAUUAUUAGGACAGUUUCAAUUUGCGAUCAAUUUUUAUGUACAUAUAACACAUCGCUGUUAGCUUUUAUUAUGAAGGUCUAUCUAGGCAGACAUCUUAUUG